GCACGUUAAAAUUGUUCAUAAGCAACCAAUUUAAAAAAAAAAAAACGUUAAAGCGAGAAAAGUUAACUUUUAGUGAGUUAAAUUGCGCGAUCGUUGUUAAAAAUUCAGGAAUAAAAUUUAAACCAGAAAAAAAUUAAUACAAGAAAAAUAUCUUCACUCGAAAGAUUCAAAACUAUCUUAAAUAAAUAUUUUUGUGAUUUAAAAGAUAAUUUAUAAGAAAACAAAAGUCUUAAAAUGCGUCCACCAUCACGAUCAUCUUUCGGUAACGACAUUACAAAUACUGCCAAUAAUAACAACGGUAACAAUGGAAAUGAUGGAGACGAUCCCACAGGAAUUCCACCCCAUAUUGCCAGGAUUGGAGGAAUUGUAACAUUUUCACCAAUCGCCGGCAGGGGUGUCAUUAAAGUUGUUGGACGUUGUGAAGAUGCAAAGGAAAAUAGUAAAUUAGAUCUCUCUGAAUGUGAACUUAUGCAAGUGCCAGAAGCUGUUUAUCAUCUUAUGAGGAAUACAUCAUUAAAAACUUGCAAUUUAAGUGGAAAUGUCAUAAAAAAGAUAUCACCAAAAUUUGCUGUUAAGUUCAAUCUCAUUACAGACCUCAAUUUAUCACACAAUCAGAUGGCCAAACUUCCUGAUGAACUGGCAGAUCUUGCAUCAUUAGCCCGCCUUAAUAUAUCUCACAAUACUUUCAUUGUUUUGCCACCAGUUGUGUUUAAAAUACCAAAUCUUCGUGAGCUAGACGCAAGUCAUAAUGCAAUUAUAGAAAUCGACACAGACCAAAUGAUAACAAGUAAUAAUUUGGAACUUGUUGACCUGCGACACAAUCCUCUUGGCAGAAGUAGCCACAGGAAGUUGAAAAACGCAAAAACUCCCUUCCGGCUGGAAAUCUCCGAAUACAACGAAGAUGAAGACUGGUAAAAAAUUGUUUUUACAAACAACAAUGCUAUAAAAAUAGAUACUCUUCUAAAAAAAUGUACAUAUAUAUAUUUUUUUGAACUGUUGUUUUUUCUAUACGCAUAAGUGAUUUUUAUACAAAGUGCUAAAUUUAUAAUCUUUAAUACGUAUAAUUAAGUUUUAGUUUAUAAGUGAAUGUGAUUUUGAGAUUAAUAAUGAAACCUUCAAUUCGGUACUUCCAAGUGUCAAAUACAGAAAAACAUACAUCAGGCCUUAGCAAUCCCAAAGAUACCAUUAGUUAUUUUAUUUUUUAGUUUUUAUUUUAUAUAUUUCUGUGAUUUUAUUUUGCCUCAUUUUUAAAUAUUUUUCUAAUCAUUGUUUUUCUUUUUAUGUUUAACAAGAGUGCUUUAGUUCAAUUUAGUUUCUUAGUUCCUUGAUUUGCUUCAAUUUGAAUCAGUUGUUGGAAAAUAAUUGACAAAAAAAUGUUUACAAAGCACUGAGUCAUUGUUCAUGUUUAUCACAUUUUGUAUUUUAUAAUGUUUUUCUUUUUAUUAGAAAAUAAUUAUUCUUAAACUGCCACACACCUGCUUGUACAUUAUUUUCUUGCACGCCUUGUUUAA